AUGCAGGGGUUCAACAUGGGACGCUACGUCCCUCCCGAGCUCGAGGGUACCAUGUCAGCCAAUAAAGUCGCCGGCAAACACGCCCUGGGCAAAAGAGCCAACAAGAUCAAAGAAGGCAUCCUGACCGUACGCUUCGAGAUGCCCUAUGCAGUCUGGUGCAACCACUGUCCCAAACCCACAAUCAUAGGCCAAGGUGUGCGAUUCAACGCCGAGAAGAAGAAGGUUGGCAACUACUUGAGCACACCCAUCUGGUCCUUUCGCAUGAAACACCCCGCUUGUGGAGGCUGGAUUGAAAUACACACGGAUCCCAAGAACACAGCGUAUGUGGUUACAGAAGGCGGGAAAGCGAGAGAUUUUGGGGAGGACCGUGUAAGAGAAGGAGAGGAGGGUGUGCCGAUUCUCUCCGCCGAGGAGAGGGAACGCAGGAGACAGGACGCCUUUGCUGUUCUUGAGGACAAGAAGCAGGACAAGGUUCAAGAAAAAGAGCAAGGCAAGCGCAUUAUCGAGUUGCAAGAAGUGCGCGAUCAACACUGGGAUGAUCCGUACGAAGCAAACAAGCGUCUGAGGAGAACCUUCAGAGCUGAGCGUAAAGUCAGAGAGAAGGAUUAUGACUACGCGGAGAAGCUCAGGGACAAGAUGGGCCUGGACGUCGAACUAAUGCCAGAGAAUGACGAAGACAGAAGACAUGCUAUUCUGAUCGAAUUCGGUGGCCUUGCCGACGAGGAUAUUGACGAAAGCACAUUGCGGGUCACUUCGCGGCCUCUGUUCCAAGAAGACACAAAGGCUGAGAGGACUCCCACCCAAACCAAACUCUCAUCCAAAGCCAAAGUGGCUGCAGAGCUCGAGCGGAGGAAAAAAGCAUUGCAGCAAGAAGUUCGUGACAACUCGCGUGCAGCAGCAGAUCCGUUUCUGGCUUUCGGCAGUACAGAUAGUCGUACGUUCCGAGCGAUUGCUGGCAUCAAGAGAAAG